AUGGAUGAACUCUUGCGGCUCUUGAAGAUUUCUGGAGCAAAGAGCCAGCGGAAGACAGGAGAGCGUAUUGGAGAUAAGAUAUACAGUGCCGUCUACGUGUCGUUCAGUACUCCAGGCGACGCUGCACAAGAGUACCUCCGGCUUGCCGCGGAGGGCUUCAAUGUAGCCUUCAACUGUAGGAUUGGGGCAGCGCUCAUUCCUGCAAUCGAAACAGUCCUCUUUGUCAAUGGAAUUGGGUACUCUGUUUCCAUAGAUGAUUUCCGUGCGCAUGUGAAGGCGAAUGCGUGUCAUGUUUCUUCUGUAAAGUAUUACAUAGACGACAAGAACGCCUUUACGGGCAAAGGUUUCAUUAAGUUCGCUAGCCAAUCUGCAGCUGAAGAGUGCGUGGCCAAGCUUAAUUGCACGUUCUUCGCUGGGCACAAGCUCUCGGUGUUUAUAAGCAACAAGCAACACAAGCUUCUUUCAGGAGCGAUUUCUGCGGACACACCUGUUGGUCACCACUGCACGCCAGAGCCAGCUCCCAAGCGCCUCCCAUCUGCAUCCACUCCUGCCUCUAGCAAGCCCUGUUCGUUUGGUGCCCAGUCUACCGAGGGCGCUGGCCAUGCUGAGCUUCUCCUUCUUGCCUUUCUGGGUCGAAGAUACUCUUGUUCACCUCCGUCUCACCUUUAUAUGCAAGGGCCGUAG